GGGUCACCAGGCAUCAGGUCAUUUGGCUCGACAGCGAGCACCGCGUCAUCUGGCAAGGCAGGCACCGAGUCACCAGGCACGACAGCGGGCUCUGAGUCAAUUGGCACGACAGCGGGCACCGGAUCAGGUACCGGAUCGUCUGGAUCAACAGCGGGCAUCGAGUCAACUGGCCUAAUAGGAUCAUCAGGCUGGAUCAGCUGGGUAGAGGCAUCAGGCUGGGUAGAGGCAUCAGGCUGAGUACAGGCAUCAGGCUGAGUACAGGCAUCAGGCUGAAUACAGGCAUCAGGCUGGGUACAGGCAU